AUGCAUCCGACGUGGCAGCCCCCAAAGAACUAUCGCCAACGCCCUGUCGCUAUUCUCGGUGCAGGCGUGCUUGGUCGUAGACUUGCAUGUGUCUGGGCCUCAGCAGGCUACGAUGUCCAAGUCCGCGAUCCGAGUCCCCAGCAGCGCGCAGACUGUCUCGCCUAUGUGAAGGAUAACGUGGCUUUAUAUGCCGAGGGCACAGGCAAGAAGCCAGGCGCGGUAGAGACAACCGACAACCUCAAAGAAGCAGUGGAGAAUGCCUGGCUGGUCAUCGAGGCGGUACCGGAGAAAAUCCAGCUCAAGAUCGACACGUUUGCGGAACUUGAUGCUCUCGCGCCGGGUGACUGUAUCCUUGCGUCCAACUCCUCGUCGUACAAGUCUUCGGAGAUGCUUGAGAGGGUGUCAGCGGCGACGAAAAGCCGGAUUCUGAAUAUGCACUACUAUAUGCCACCGCAGUGUAUGAUUGUCGAGCUCAUGACGGACGGGUAUACCGCGGCUGAGAUUUUUCCGUUUAUGGUUGAGCGGUCCAAGGAGGCCGCGACGAUCCCUUAUGUUGCUCGCAAGGAGUCGACAGGGUUCAUUUUCAAUCGUCUGUGGGCGGCAGUCAAGCGAGAGGUGCUGACGAUCCUGGCGGAGGGGGUCUCGGUACCGGAGGAGAUUGACGCGAUGUGGCAGGAGAUGUUUGUCAAAGGAGGGAGCUUGCCUUGCAGGAUGAUGGAUAAUGUCGGCCUAGAUACCGUCGCUUUCAUCGAAAGCCAUUACGUUUCAGAGCGAGGUCUCUCACCCGAGAAGACUGUCGACUUUCUCAAGGAGAACUAUCUUGCUAAGGGUAAGCUCGGCAACAAGUGUCCAAAUGGUGGGCUUUAUCCUGCAGCAUCACCCUCGGCGAAUAGCACUGCCCAGCCGAAAAUCAUCGCCCUCGAUAUAGGUCUGUCUGCCGCCACCCCUGGUUUCAACGCCGGCCAGAUUGUGGAACUCUCAGCCGACGGAAAGCUUCAACAAAUACUCGUCAAGGAUCAAGCCAUGCCAGACGGUUUGGCAAUUGACCCCGCGAGUCACUGCAUGUUCUGGACCAACAUGGGUAUACCAGGCAAGAACGACGGAGCCGUCUACUCGGCCAACCUUGACGGCUCAGAUAUCAAGACAAUUGUUGCACCGGGGACGACCAACACCCCAAAACAACUAGCACUGGAUCUGUCUGCUCAAAAGGUCUACUUCUGUGACCGGGAAGGACUACGCGUAUUCCGAUGCAACUACGACGGAAGUGAUCUCGAGAUCAUCAUCCAAACGGGCAAUUACCAAUCUAAAGAGGGCCAAGACGCCACAAAGUGGUGUGUGGGCAUCGCCGUUUGCCCUCGUCUAGGCAAGUUUUUCUGGACGCAGAAGGGACCUUCAAAGGGCGGCAGGGGCAGGAUCUUCUGUGCUGGUAUUGACAUGCCCCGAGGUCAGACUGCCACGACGAGAGAGGAUAUCCAGUGUCUCUUGGAGGAUCUGCCGGAACCCAUUGAUUUAGAGGUGGAUGAAGAAUCCGGGAAAUUGUACUGGACGGAUCGCGGUGAGCUUCCUUUUGGAAACUCGCUGAACCGGAUCUCGCUGAAUGAGACCGGGUCGGAGGUCGAACGGACUGGUCCUCUAGGCUAUGAGGUGCUCACACGGAAUCUGAACGAGGCAAUCGGGUUGAAGUUGGAUCUGGGGCAUGGUCAUAUCUACUUGACCGAUCUCGGGGGCAACGUUUACCGGACAGACGCGGAUGGGAAACAGAAGGUUAAGUUGCAUUCGGAUGAGAGCCGUGCUUUUACCGGGAUUGCUGUAGUUUAG